AUGUCAAUUGAUGACGACUUGGACAGUAUAAUUGGCGAAAGCAAGCCCUCCAAAGGUGUUACAAAAUAUCGUCGUCGUGAUUUGAGAAAUGGACUGGCUUCCCGGAUCGGAGGUGGGUCUAAUGAUUCCAGGGAAUUUUCAAGACGAGACUUUGAUCCGGAAUCUUAUCCAAGGUCUGAUCGUUUGUACAACGACGAGGGAAUAAGAAACCCUACAGCAGCGCCCAAAAAGAGAGUUCGUAUCAUUAAAAUUCCACUGGAUGUCUCCGACUUUGUCAUUGAAGACAUGGUAAAAGAAAUAGCCACACCUGUAUAUGCCAACUUUUACGACCAUGCUGAUAGCAGGACAGGGGUUUUUGAGUUCGAAAAACCAACCCAGUUGGAACAAGUGGCUGCAGCCUUCACGGACAGGGAAGUGAACGGCUCGAAACUUUCAGCGGAUAUUUAUGAGCUCAAGAGUCGCCAAAACCGGCGCACGCAGAAAAAAGGCCAUCAUGGGGCAAGGCGUGGACAGCGUGGGGGCCGUAAGGAAUCUCCCGUCAAGCCAAGUGCCGAUCAACUAGACCAGGAACUGGAGGCCUACAUGAAAGACUAA